CACGUCUUGCAUCGUAAACAUCAACUCCCGGUGAACGCUGUCUCGUGCCAAAAUGGCAGUUUAACGGCGCGCAGCGGCUAUCUUUGCAGCGGCAACAAUCCGGCAGUGCAGCGGCUAAGUGCUCCGGCUAUUUCUUGCAAAAUGGCGUCUCCCUCGGGAUCAACACACAGCUUUGCUGCCGUCGACAGCAGAACCGAACCUCUCGACCCGCUGACGUCAUCGGGCUCGUCUUUGUUUUUAUUCACGCUGAGCAACAGAACCAGAAGCAGUCAUGACCCUCUGCCUGGAGGCCGUGGAGGCCCUGUACUUAGGGCCCUCGUUUCUGACGGCUGACCCCAUGGGGCCCCCUCUGGACCAACAUGAAGAAGAAGAAGAAGAAGCUCUUUCUCCCUCCUCCUCUCUAGAGGGGAAGGCUCCAGCUUCACCCCCUUUCUCUUUCACCUCCUUCCUCUCUCCUGCCUCCUCGACUCCCCCCACCCAUCCCUCCUUGUUCCUGGGAACCAAGGCCGGAGGGGACUCCUCGUCCCUCCCCUGGCUGGGAGCCAGCGACCUGCUCGACGCCCACAUCGGAGCAGACGACGAUGAUGCUUUUGCGGGCAUGGACUGGAUGUCGGAGAAGAUCGACCUGAGUGAGUUUGACCUGGACUCGCUCAUCGGCUCGUCAGACGAGUGUCCCGGCUCCCCCGAGGAUCUCCUGGCCUCCCUCGACUCUCACGUGGACCUGGACGUCGACUCCUUCGACGCGACCGCGCCAGACGACGUCGGUGGCGGUCUGGAGCUCGGGCUCUCACUGCCCGGCAUCCUGGAGCUCCCUCUAGCCGCGAAGACUGAGACCGAGGUUGCUCCUGAUCAGCAGGUUGUUACCAAGUCUGAGCCUCCUCCGUCUCUGGCCUUCACUCUGGAGCUGGGCAGUGAGGUGGACGUCCUGGACGCAGACAAAACACUGCUGGCUCACCUCACCGCCCCCGUCAUUCCAGAUCCCAGUGGAACCAUUCAGACCAUCUCUCUCGUGGUGGUCCUCACCACCGAGGACGAGCCCCCCCUCAUGUCCGUCGCCAACUCACCUGUUCGCCUCCCGAAGUCUCCGACAGCUGGUUCCUCCAGGACCAAACCCUACUCCAGACCAGAACCCUCCUCCUCCAAGACCCCCAAGGUUAAAUCGGUGUCCGGCGCUCCCAAGGUGGAGAAGAAGCUGAAGAAGAUGGAGCAGAAUAAGACGGCGGCCACUCGCUACCGGCAGAAGAAGAGGGUGGAGCACUCCGUCCUGAACACGGAGUGCGAGGAGCUGGAGAAGAGGAACAACGAGCUGGCGGAGAAGGCCGAGUCCAUCAGCCGAGAGAUCCAGUACCUCAAGGACCUGAUGGAGGAGGUCCGCAAGCGCCGCGUCAAGUCCAGACCGGUGGCGUAGAAACCAGGAUGUUGUUUAAAGAAGAAGAAACGUCGCGCGAGGGUGGACGAAUGAAACGCACCACUGAGCAUUGUUUAAACCGUCUGGAACGGACACACUCCCAGCAUCACUUCUUACCUUGUUUCCUGCGUCCUUUUCUUUACCCCAUGUCCACUUCCUCUUCUUCACAGCUUCAGUCCAGAAGGAGGCCUCGCUGUUUAUGAGUUCCUGAUAUAACACGGUCGGCGUGUGUUCUCGUGUGUGUACAUAGUGUUCUCCUCCUCUACUUGCUGAUAGUUUAUUUAAUGCUGGAUUAAAAACCUGCUGUUUGCUCUUCUUUUUCUAAUGAAGAUCUGUCGGUACUCUGACGCGUUCCGUGUGCUUCACUCAUUCACAACAUGUCGACUCAAGACGCUGGAAUUAAAAGAGUUAAACGGUUUUUAAAGUUAAAUUGAUUUUAAAACUUAGUCGAUGAAGCUUCUAACGAAGUAUAAAGUAAAUAAACUUUCUGUAAACUUUAUGGAGUUAACAUGAAUACCAAAAAUAAAUAAUUACAUUUUCAUGUUCUUAAAUAUGAAUAUAUUUGGUUAUUUUUGAUUAGCAGUCUAUUUAAUAUGUAAAUAAAUUGGUAAAAGGCUGCAAACUAUUUCAUUAUUGAUCUGCAGAUUAUUUUCUAGAUUAAUCCUCUGAUCUAUAAUAGUCCAUGUCUACAAAUAUCUUGUGUCAAAAAUAUCUCAUUUUAGAGUCUGGGAUAAAAAGAACCUGCUUAAAUGACGAGUGUAUAACUCAAUGUUUCAGCUCUGAUGUCUCUAAAUAUGUAAAUAUAUAAUGUGUCUGCUGUAGGAAAGAAUAAAGAACUGUUGAGGAGAAA